UGAGAGAGCAGAGAGGUAGAGGGAGCGAGAGCAAAUCUUGCAUAUAUUAUUAGCUUUUGUUGUUAGGGCUGAAAGCAUAUAAUAACCAUACUAGUCUAUGGGUUUUCUCUCUUAAUCACAAGUCUAAUACUACCCCCUCCUCCUUUGGUGAGCUCUUGUCCUUUUCACUUCUAGGUAUCUUAUAGCUAUAGCCAAGAUAUUAUUGAGUCAAACUGAUCGAGAAGAAGUUCUAUCGAACAAGAAGCUAUCGAGGACUAGUUUGAAUGUUGGAGAAGAUCAGUAUGGCGCAACAUGAAGAUGAAGCCAUUAACCCAAACGGCUUUCUUCAAAAUCCAGUUGCAGUACUUGGAUCCAAUCCUCCUCCUGUCAAAAAGAAGAGAAACCUCCCAGGAAACCCAGAUCCUGAGGCUGAAGUGAUAGCCUUGUCACCAAAGACGCUGAUGGCCACCAACAGAUUCUUGUGUGAAAUAUGUGGUAAAGGAUUUCAGAGAGACCAAAACCUACAGCUGCACCGCCGCGGACACAAUCUUCCAUGGAAGCUCAAGCAAAGAUCAAGCAAAGAGCCGAAGAAGCGCGUCUACGUCUGCCCGGAAAAGAGUUGUGUCCAUCAUCACGCUUCUAGGGCGCUCGGAGAUCUGACCGGAAUAAAGAAGCACUUUUGCCGCAAGCACGGCGAGAAGAAGUGGAAGUGUGAGAAGUGCUCCAAGCGCUACGCGGUGCAGUCGGAUUGGAAAGCUCACUCAAAGACCUGUGGCACCAGGGAGUACAAAUGUGACUGUGGAACUCUAUUUUCACGGCGUGAUAGCUUCAUCACACACAGGGCGUUCUGUGAUGCCUUAGCUGAAGAAACAGCUAGAGUAAAUGCAGUAUCCAACAUCCACAACAAUGCAAUGGCCGGUAAUAUCAACUAUCAUCCCUACAUGGGAAACAAUGCAUCGUCACUACUACUAGGACCUCCUAACAUGUCACAACUACAAUUUUCUUCAAUUUUCAAGCCAAUCCCGAGCAAUGAUACUGCCGAUGCCAUGAGCCAAACCACCCGCGGUCUAUCUCUCUGGAUGGGUCAAGGAUCGAACGGCACACACGAAGAAAUGACUGUAAAUAAUCAGCACCAUCAGCAUCAACUUGGAUCUGUGAGUUCAUCAGCUGGUUCAAUAUUUGGUGACCCUACUAACAUCAGUAUUUCGUGUUCAGAGCCUACUCCACCUUCUGAUCAUUAUCAGCUGAAUUGGGUUCUUGGAAGUAAUAAGCUUUCCCCAUCGAACAAUGCACAUCAUGAAGAUCAAUUAACAAUCACAAGCGUGAGUAGUGCUGCUAACUCACUUCCUUCUUUGUACACACAUCAAACGCCUUCAUCAAACAUGUCAGCCACAGCUCUAUUGCAAAAGGCAGCCCAAAUUGGAGCAACUUCAACUGACCCGACAUCGCUGCUUGGAAGUUUUGGAUUGAAGUGCAACAACAAUAAUACUACUAGUCAAGCAGUGACUCAAGUUCAAGAUGGGAGCAAACUAUGUGGACUCUACGGCACUGUGGACAACCCAGGAGCUCAUGAUCAUCUACUGCACAUGCAUCAAGCCAAACGCCGCCACAUACAGAGCGACGACACCGCUGGAGGAGAGCAGACUAGGGACUUCCUUGGUGUUGGCGUGCAGACCAUUUGCCACUCUUCACCAAUCAAUAGAUUUUGGGUUUGAGAAUCGCAUGGAAAACUAAAGAACGAGUUGCAGUUUUUUAUUUUCAGAAUAUAAGGGCAAAGUUGUAAUAAACAGAAGUUGCACGAAGCUGGAGAUAGAGAUUUAAGUAUUUGGAAAGGGUUGCAGGGAUGGAAAGUGGGAAUGGAGUGCUUAAUGGGGGAGGUGCUAAAAGUGUGUGCAUAUAGAAAAGAAAACUAUAUAUGGAAGAGGAUCGAGCAGUAGAGAAGGACGAAGAUCCAUGCAUAUUCUCUUGAACCCUGAAAGCUUCUGAUCCUUUUAUAAAAAUGGUGGUUGGCUUUUCAUUUUACACAGCAACAAGGAAGUGGUGUAGUGGGAGCAGAGCAACAACCUCUUUUGGACUCCAUUAUUGCACGAUUGUUUCACCUCUGUGUAUUAUGGUUUGUUGUCCUGUCAAGCUGGGCUAAAAAAGAGUUCCUCUC